AAAAGCAGCAUAAAGUAGAACAACGGUGGAGAUCUACCCAUCACCACCACGGAUAAGGAUAAACCUGGUAUCAUAUCCUCUUUUACGUCAACUAAUUCACCACUCAAAACACCGCACAGACCCACACUCUCUACGCGUCCACGUCACCAAACCCUUUUUCUGUAUAAUUUCCAAUCAAUUUCACAAUCACACAAACACACACACAAUCGCACAAUAUAUAUAGAACCCACUCGGACCCCCUAAGCUAAGGCCACCCCAAAACUAAAAGUACAGUGUUCCUCAAAAUUCUCAGUUUCGGAGAUGGCAAAAGUGAACAGACAAUCAAACUGGGUCCGAGGGAAUUGCAUAGGCCGAGGAUCAUAUGGUACUGUGAAUAUGGCGGUCGACAAAUCAAACGGUCAGGUUUUCGCGGUGAAGUCUGUCGAUCGGAGUUCGGAUUUCGACACUCAAUUGGAGGCUUUAGAGAAUGAAAUUCGGAUUCUCCGAUCGCUUUCCUCACCGUGGAUGGUGGAGUACCUAGGCGAUGACACCACGUUGGAGAACAAUGGCACGACGUCGUUUCGAAACCUCCACUUGGAGUACUUGCCAGGUGGCACCGUCUCUGAGCUGGCAAGGCAUUCCGGCAAUGACGUGGACGAGAACACUUUGAGAUCGUCCACGUGGUGCAUCGUCGCUGCUCUGAAGUACGUGCACUCGAAGGGCAUUGUUCAUUGCGAUAUCAAGGGCAAGAACGUGUUGGCGGGACCCAUUCCUGGCGUCGCGAAGCUAGCCGAUUUCGGGUCGGCGGCGGAGUUCGGCGGCGCCUCCCUGUCGCCGCCGCGUGGAAGCCCGCUGUGGAUGGCGCCGGAGGUGGUUCGCCGGGAAUACCAAGGCCCGGAGUCCGACGUGUGGUCUUUGGGGUGCACGGUGAUCGAGAUGGUCAGAGGACAACCGGCGUGGGAGGAUCGCGGCGGCCACACGCUGUGUCGAAUCGGUUACUCGGACGAGUUGCCGGAGAUUCCAACUCAGUUGUCGGAACUCGGUCGGGAUUUCGUCGAUAAGUGUUUGCGAAGAAACAGAGCAGAGCGGUGGAGCUGCGAUCAGCUGUUGAACCACCCAUUUAUAUCAUCAUCAGCACCGUUAAAUUCGAUUACUCAUUCAUCGCCACGUUGCGUGCUCGAUUGGGUGAAUUCAGAGUUUUCAGAAAAAGACGAUGAAUUUGAAGAAGAAGAAGAAGAAGAGGAAUCGAGCUUGGCUUGGGAAUUACAGACUCGGUGCAGAGAGAGAAUCGGAAAAUUAGCAUCGAAUUCGGGGGCAAUUUGGGAAUCUGAUGGUUGGGUGACGGUAAGGAAUUUGAUCUGUGACAGAGCAGCUGAGGAAGAAGGAGGGACAAGUUCGGAAUAUCCGAAUUCUAUGACGAUAGAAGAGGAAAUGGAAUAUUCCGAUUCGAUACAAAUUGAAAUGACAAAUUUGGAAUCUUUCGACACUGACACUGACAGUAGCGGUGGCGGUGACAGUUUUGCGGUGGUGGUGGAGCGGGCUGUAGAUGGCAGUGAUAGGUGGCGAGGGUGGAAUUGGACGAUGGGCACUAGACUUCAGGACUUUACAGUUGGUGUAAAUUAUUUUUUAUUUAUAAAUUUAUUAUUAUAUUUCAAAACACACAUUUGUAUCGCAUUGAGGUUUAUAAUGCUUAUUAUUUACAUUUUAUUUGAGAUUUCAAUCUUUUCAUGUGAGAUCAAGUUUCUCCAAACUCCAACUGUAUAUUCUUUCUUCAAUUAUUUAAUUUGUUACUUAGAAUCUUACCAAAAGCUGAAAAUCAAUUGGGUAUCAUCUCUCCCCAAAUUUUUCUGUUGCUUAUUUAUUUAAUUUAUCGUACAUUAC